GUACUACCACUCUUCCUGAUGUUAUUGGUGCUGCUAAAUACAACAUACUGAUAUUUCAAAAAAUGUCGCUGUACAUAUGUACAUUCAUGGCUGGCGCUUGACUGCCUGUUGGUUCAGUCCCUACUUCUUCCUGAGCACACGUUGGACCUCUCACAUUCACACGUAACACCGAAUGCGAGAGAUGGGGGAGCCGGCUUAAGAAGAGGUCCUGGGGCACAUGUGAAUACAAAUAUUCUCACCUCAUCGAUAUAUUAGAUCGCACUUGUGGAUUAAACUGCUGUUGGUACUUCAUAGGAAUUGAAUCGGCUUCAUCAUGGGCUGUGUGGGCACCAAAUCACCGCAGGAUUCGGGCGGCAAAGAGGUGGGCAGUGACGUCACAGGGAACAGCAGCCAGACAGCACACUACGUCAAGGACCCCACCAGCAAGGCCAACAGAACCAACUCUAACCCCCCUGCCUCUAGCACAGAUGGUGUAGAGAACAUUGCCAUUGCCCUUUAUGACUAUGAAGCCCUGCAUGAUGGAGACCUGGGCUUCAGAAAAGGAGAGAAGUUAAAAAUUUUACAGGAAUCAGGAGAAUGGUGGAAGGCAAUGUGUCUGAGCAAUGGUGUGGAGGGCUACAUCCCCAGUAACUAUGUAGCUAAAGACACCCUUCAAACUGAAGAGUGGUUCUUCAAAGGAGUCAGCAGAAAAGAUGCUGAAAGACAACUGCUGGCCCCGGGCAAUAAAAUGGGCUCCUUCAUGAUCCGGGACAGUGAGACCACCAAAGGAAGCUAUUCACUGUCUGUGAGGGACUCCGACCAUCAGUCAGGCGACACGGUGAAGCAUUACAAGAUCCGUACACUGGACAACGGCGGCUUCUACAUCUCCCCUCGGAUCACAUUCAGCACCCUGCAGGAGCUGGUUGCCCAUUACAAGAAGCAGGGAGAUGGCCUGUGUCAGGCUCUCACUAUCUCAUGCAUCAGUGCCAAACCCCAGAAGCCAUGGGAGAAGGACGCUUGGGAGAUCCCCCGCGAGUCCCUCAAGCUGGACAAACGGCUGGGUGCCGGCCAGUUUGGAGAGGUCUGGAUGGCCACAUACAACAAGCACACCAAGGUGGCAGUGAAGACCAUGAAACCAGGCAGUAUGUCUGUGGAGGCUUUCCUGAUGGAAGCGAACCUCAUGAAGACCCUUCAACAUGACAAGCUGGUUCGCCUCAACGCCGUUGUUACCAAGGAGGAACCUAUAUACAUUAUCACAGAGUUCAUGGAGAAAGGUAGUUUACUGGACUUCAUCAAGAGUGAUGAAGGCAAUCGUCUCCAGCUGCCCAAGUUGAUAGACUUCUCCGCACAGACAGCUGAAGGCAUGGCGUACAUCGAACGAAGGAACUACAUCCACAGAGACCUGCGUGCUGCCAACAUCCUGGUCAAUAAGAGUCUGGUGUGCAAAAUUGCUGACUUUGGUCUUGCCCGCAUCAUAGAGGACAAUGAAUAUACUGCAAGAGAAGGUGCCAAGUUCCCUAUUAAGUGGACAGCACCAGAGGCCAUCAACUAUGGCUCCUUCACCAUCAAAUCAGACGUGUGGUCCUUCGGCAUUUUGCUCACUGAGAUCAUCAGCUACGGCCGCACUCCUUACCCUGGCAUGACGAACCCAGAGGUGAUCCGCUCUCUGGAGAGGGGUUACCGCAUGCAGCGCUUGGACUCCUGCCCCCAGGAGCUGUAUGACAUCAUGCUGGAGUGCUGGAAGAACAAGCCUGAAGACCGGCCCACCUUUGAGUACCUGCAGAGCGUACUGGAGGACUUCUACACGGCUACAGAGAGCCAAUACCAACAACAACCCUGAGACACACACACGUGCACACACACAUAGAGUACUGCCUUAAGUUAGGCAAAUAUAACAAGCACACAUGCGCAUUUACAUCCAUGAAACAGUCUAAAUGCGUCCUGUCAAUGAAUGAUGAUGUGUUUUAUGAGAGUUUUAUAAGAACUUUAUCCUUUCACCUUAUACUGAGUGUUGCAUGUGGUUACACAAAAUGGUCAAAAGAUACAAAUGAUGUGUGAGGCAAAGGUUAUAGAGUUAUUUUUUUAAUAUUUUAGUGUGUUUUGUUGUAUUUCUGUUUUAACAUAUUUGUCAUUUCUUUGUAAGUUUUACAUUUUACAUUUAAAAAGUCUUGUAUCAUUCUUUAAUAUCUGUGAUGAGAUAAAUAAAGUGAAUCGCAUAGUAAUUUGGACCAUUGGUAUGGUAAUCAAGUAAACAUACUCAGCCUAUAUUAGGUUCAAACAACUAAAAGGGUUCCUGGUCAGCAAACUUUAAAACUUUUCUAUCUGGUUGUCACUAGAUUCUAAGGGUAACUGAAAAUCUCUCUCGUGUUGAGGAAACAUUUUCUCUGUGUCAUACUAGCUUUCACAUUGUAGGUGAUUUUAAAUUCAGUAACUAUAUUGCUUCACUGUACCUCUCUGAAUUCAUGCUGUAUUUCUGAUGGUUCCCUGAAUUUUGACUGAAUGUUUUGACUGAAAGCAUGAUAUCUUUAAAUUCAGAUACCUGUUUGAAUGUCUGUGCAAUAAGGGAUUGUGUGAUCAUGUUUUACAAAUCUUUCCUGAGAUUUUAAAUCAGUUUAAUUUAUUUUAGUAAUUGGUUUGUUGUUGGGAUUCUGUGUUGUCAGAAUGUCUGGCAUACUGUAUUUUAUUUGUUAUUAGAAUUUUGGUGAUCUUAUUCGUAUCAUGCUUGUUCUAAAAUAAAGUGCUUAAAGAAAUUAAAAUAAGGAACAGAUCAUUUAAACUGGAGGUACAAUCAAAAAAGAUCAAAUUAGUAGAUAC